AUGUAUUCAACUAUUAUUCGUCUUUUCAUCAUCUUAGGUAUCGCUCUGGCAGUAUGCGAGGCUACGUAUGUUCAAUGUCUUCAAAGAGUUCCCAUUUUUACAUGCGCAAAAAUGAGCUGCCCUGACGUUGGCUGGGCUAUCACCCACGAUCACUAUCCAUGUGAUUGCUUUAAAAUCGAGAAGGUUUUGGGUAAAAACAGAAAAUGGUAUAAAAUCGAUUUACCCAAUGGAAAUCAUGGCUAUGUAACCCAUGACCACUGUUCCAGCAAUGGCAAUGUUUCACAAUUUGCUGAAGAAUAUCAAUAUUAUCUCGAUCGACCAUUUCAAUCUAAUUUAUCGGAUCAAACUUUUCUUAAUUGUACACAUCCAUGGUUUGGAUCUGGAUGUCAAUAUUUAUUAGAAAUAAAUGAAGAUGAAUUCGUCCGGGAUUCAUUCGAAAUGACUUUAACAGAUAAUAUAUUUCAACAAACGUGUUAUGUUCUAUUAGAGUGUGGUCGUAGUGGUUCAUCGAUUUGUCUCGAUUGGCGUGAGAUAUGCAAUGGUCGAACCGAUUGUCUAAAUGAUGGUAUUGAUGAAAUUGGAUGUUUUAAUUUAGAAAUAAAUGAAUGCAAUAGGAAUGACUAUCGAUGUCACAAUGGAUUAUGUAUUCCAAAAAUCUUUUUGGAAAUGAAAUUUGUGGAAGCGCAAUGUUUUGAUGGAUCGGAUAAAAUUAUUAAGAACAAUCAUCUUCUGGAAGCUAAUUAUCGACCACAUCUAUUCGAAUAUCAAGAAUAUGUAUGUCGACCUGACGAAGGCCAAUUUACGUGUGGUGAUGGACAAUGUGUAGAAGAUUUUGGCCAAUGUGAAAAUAAUCGACAUUUAGCAUUAACUCAGUCAAUUAGUAUUCAAGGAAAUUUAUUCUAUCCAUGUUGGAUAGUUAUGAUUUGUCUUAGCAAAAUCAUGAAUAAAAUCGAAAAUGUAACAUGUGAUCAGCUCAUGCAAUCUUCUGAAAUCAUUGAAGAAUUUAAAAACUGUACGUUUCCUCUAGAGUUUCCGGUUACGCCUGUACUCUUUGGUCAUGUGCGAUUUUUAUAUGAUCUAAAGCAAAUUGACAAUAUUAAUACAACAUUAGCUCUUAAACCUGAUUAUGUUUGUUAUGAUGAGCAAUUAUGUGAUUUUCUUACACCUACAUUUCCUUAUAAAAAUCUAAGCUGUCGAUACGGAAAUGAAACAAGCUUUGACUUGAAUGUCGAAUUAACUACAUGGAAAUCUGUCAUCGAUUCAGUCAAACCAUACUUUAUUGGUUGUAUCACUCAACGUUAUCAAAACAUAAGUUCUCACUAUUCAUCACUGUAUCAUUGUAAGAAUUCAUCAAAAUAUAUUUCAAAAUAUCGAAUCCUUGAUGGUACACCUGAUUGUUUUCUAAAAGAUGAUGAACGAGCAUUCGAACUGAGUUGUUUAUUAAAUCAAACGCUUCGAUUUCAAUGUCCAGAUGAGAAACAAUGUCAUUCACCUAUAAUUCAAGAAAAAUAG